CUCACUAGACAGUAGUCAGUACACUCACAAAUAGCAUUGUGAUUCUGAAUGUUUUUACUAUAAAAAUAUAUGAAAAAAAAAAAUUUUCUUUACGCUAUUUAAGAUAACAUAAAAUAUGAACCAGUUAUUAAAAAAUAUAUACUUAGCAAGUUUUCGUAUUAAUACGACGCAAAACCUGCACACUACUGCUCCUGUAACAGCAUGGAGUAAAUCAGAUGUGCCCAAAUCAUUUUUAAAAUACAAUAAGAAAAUAUAUCCCCCACAGGAUCCUUCAGAGAAACCAAGACCAGCAUAUGUUUGUCACCAAAAAACUAAUUUUAAAUACAGUCCAGAAAAGCUAUGGUAUAUAGCGAGCUUUGUCAGAGGUAUGACAGUAGAUGAGGCUAUUAAACAACUGAGUUUUGUUAACAAAAAGGGUGCAGGUUUAGUUAAAGAAGCCAUACUGGAAGCACAGGAACUAGCUGUAACAAAACAUAAUGUAGAAUUUCGUAGUAAUUUAUGGAUUGCGGAAUCUUUCUCUGGAAAGGGAGCUGUUAUCAAGGGUAUAAGAAGACAUGCUAGAGGGAGACUGGGUGAAGUUCGUUAUCAAUAUUCUCAUUAUUUUGUACGCCUAGAAGAAGGCAAACCUCCUGUUGAUUACUACAAGAGAAAUCCAUUAACACCCGAAGAACAACUUGAUAAAUGGUUGGAGGAAAUGAGGAAGCGAAAGAUUACUAAUUCAUUUUAAAUUAUAAAAUAGGAAUAUAAAUUAAAGUAGAUAUAUAAUAGUAA